AUGAACACGUCGCAGAGUAUCCUUUUGUUCGCUUUGAUCAUUGGCAGCACAUGCUUUUAUUCAGCGACAGCCUUUGUGCUACCACUCACAACACCCUCCAACAUCAUGAUUCUUACGCAGCAACACCACCAUGAACGACUCUUUUCUCAAAAUAAUCAAAAUCAGCCACCAAAUAACGACGAAUCUUCUUCCUCUUUAUUGGAACGCUUCACCAAACCAGUCAUCGAUGAUCCCUGGUUGCCCUUGACCGAAGCCGGGUUGGCCCAAGUGGUGGCACCCUCCCUGCAACUCUUUUGGUUGGCGGCCCUCCAAUCUCCCUUUCCAUCCUGGGCCAAUCCCUUGUUUAGCAGUGGCAUUUUGUGGAAUCAAUUGCCCCGGGGAUCCUUCUUGGCGCCGACCCUCAUUCAUGGGGCGGGAUUGGCCUGCUGUUGGAUUCUGGGAGCCUUGGCCUCGAAAGGGUACGAACGCAAGGCUUUUGCCGGAGAUGCUGGAACUGUGCUAUUGCAAACAGCCAAGGCCGGUGCCUUUUCGGUAGGCUUGCUGAUAUUGGCCACCCAAUGGGAUUUGUAUACAGAGCUUGGGGGAUACGUUCAAGUGGGAGAUUCCGUAGAGACCGACAUUCGAAUAUACCGUGCCUUGGUGGAAGGCAUCAAUGACUGCUUUUUUGAAGGCAUUGUGCUACUGGGCUGGAGAUUCUAUCGAAGUGCAGCGGCCAAUUAUCCUCUGCCAUAA